CAUUGCUUUGUAUGAAAAGCAAGCCUUCAUUUGGCUAGUUUAGUGUAAGAUAUUGUAGAAUAUAUAACUUAAGGUAGAUACUGGUAGUUACAACUUUUGGUAGAUCUAGUUACAAAUUUUCAGAUCACUGCAAUCUAGAGAAGGAAAGAUGAGCUGUUCAAAUAUCAUCAAGAGAGGCUACUUAUUUGACAAGAAGAUUGGAAUCAUCCCAGUUGCAGUGGAGCGUAAGAGAUGGUAUAUACUGAGGCAGGACCUCACACAAGGUUUCUGUGUGCUCGAGUAUUAUAAAGAUGAGAAGACUGCCACCAAAGGAGAAGCUCCAAAAGGAUUUAUCAAUGUUUACGAUGUUGUUGCUGUUCAACGUGUCCCCGAGAAGAAACAAAUGCUUGAGAUCCUCUGCCCUGGAGUGGCCUAUCGAUUGACUGCUAAUUCCGACCUUGAAGCUACAGAAUGGACCCAAGCUCUGAGCAGACUAAUACUCUAUAGAAAAGACAAUAUCAAACCACCUCAUUCUCUAUCCAUGAGGAGAAUACCCAGUUCUCCCACUCACAUGGAAACUAUUCCUGAACGCCACCGAACACUAUCUGACUCUAGCAUGCAGACACACAACUCUCCUUCCUUGCACAUGCACCCCAAGUCCCUCACUAUCCCCACACCCUCACACCGUCACAGCCACAACGACCACCACACUCUCCACUUCUCACACUCUCCUCACACUCCACACAGUCUGCCCACGCCCCCGGAGAUGGCGGCCUCCCCACCGAUCAUCUUCCAAUACCAUCCCCCGGGAAUACAGAGGCAAAGAAGUAGCGAGUUCCCGGUGACCCUCCCCUCCCCCUCCACCAGCAGUGACUCCUCCUCCAUGGCCAGUGGCUCCAACACUAGCUUUGAUAACCAGGCUGCCUUUGAGAUGGACAGAAAUGAUACAAGGUCAAGGUUCAGAGUUCAUGCUAAAGAAGCGGACAACCUCUGCGUGAGUGGUCCUGCUGAUCUGGUGGUGUCAGAGGAAGGCAUUUCCAUUCACUCAGUGCAGACUGGCCUGGAGCUGGUGUCAUGGCCGAUUGGUUCCCUCAGACGCUAUGGUUGUAACAACGUCUCCUUCACCAUCCUCACUGGCAGGUUCUGUUCCACUGGCGAGGGCCGGUUCCAAUUCUACACUCCGCACUGUCGCCUCAUCAAUACCAAGGUUCACAGUAUCGCCAUGGCAAAGGCGGGCAGCAAAGGACUACCAAGACGAGCUUCUGAGCCUGCACAUAUUUCAGAUAUGAUGUCACGCUCUCCACAACAGUCACACCUUCUCAACCCACACUCGUCACUACCUCCACGGGCACACUCUACCUCCCCGCCCACGUAUCCCACACCCUCACACCUUCACAGCAUGGCUCCACCCCAUUACACCUUGGGUCAGUCGUACAAUCGUAUCCAACACGGCACGGUGCCAUCACUAUCUCAGGAGCAGUAUAGCAAGAUCUACCAAUUCAAUGGACAAGGGGCUGAUGAGUACAGUAAGCUGCAACACUUCAGCAGUAUGAUGAGUCUACAGAGCUGCACACAGUCCGCCAUGGCCCCGCCCACUCAAGGUACCACCCCCUCAUACCAACAGCAACACCCCCCUCUCCCCCCUAAGGGGGUCAAGUACACGCAGCUAGAGUUCAACGAGGGGAACUCCCCCACUGAGAGCAAUGUGGGGGGUGGUGUGGAGAAUCAUCAAAUCCUCCAAUCAAAUGCCUGAUAUGUAAUUGCCUGGAGCAAAACAAUUUGUGUUCGUGUGUAAAUUAUGUAAAUUAUGUUAUUUAUCACAUUCUGCGCUAUUUGAAACACUAUAAUUAUAUACUAGAGAAAUAAAUAUCAUAAAUUGUGUAUCAUCCGUCUGUCAAAUUAUCAUCCAUUUUGUUUGUCAUUAAUUGUGCGUUUAUGUGUGUGUACAUUGAUGUAUUACAAUAAUUACACUGUUCAAUGGAGCUUCUUGAUCACAGUGAAUAAUUAUG